CAACGUAUGGUCACGUGACUUUUGCAUAAACUCAACCACGUGAACUCUGUGCCCAUGUUGGUUUCAUCCUGAAGGUGACUAGUGUGUUAGCCUGAUCCACCGGCCUCCCUUUAAUCAGUCUGAAGAUGUCAACUGUUGCUGCUGCCAGCGUGGAGCCUGCUGCCAUCACUGAGGGAACUGAGCAGAAAAAACCACUGAAGCCAUGCUGUGCUUGUCCUGAAACAAAGAAAGUCAGGGAUGCAUGCAUCAUUGAAAAAGGAGAAGAAAAUUGCACAGAGCUAAUUGAGGCUCACAAAGAUUGCAUGAGGGCACUUGGAUUCAAGAUUUAACUACUCAAGUUUCCUUGUGUGUGUGUGUUGGUGUGCGAGUGGAAGUUGACCCUGGACAUUUUACUUUCCUCACUCCUAUUUAUGCCUCAAUUCAAGGGAAAUGUGAAGCGCUUAUGAGGCUUGGAUGGAUGACUGUCUUUUCUGUGUGAAUCUCUCUCUUUUUUUUUUUUUUAAGUCUGCAGAAUUUGAGAAAUGUGUAUCUAAAAUGCUGUGUGAAGUUAAAUAAAGGUCCUAUGCAAUAAGA